AUGAAUAAUGACAUUUGUAUGUUUGGAUUGACAAAAUCUGGAAAAACAUCAAUGAUUAGAGUCAUAUUUCAAAAGUUAGAAAUAUUCAGAACAUUUCAAUUAGACCCUACAAAUAGGAUGGAAUCAGUUACAGUCAAUUUAGGAUCUCACAUUCAUUUUAAGAUUUAUGAGUUUUCUGGACAUUAUGAUUUAAAUGAUUCAUAACCACCUGAAAUUGCAGCUAUGGAAACUUGUAGUCUGAUGAUAUAUGUUAUUGAUUCUUAAGUAAUAUCAUAUUCUUUAUAUACUUCUAUAGGCAGAACCAUUUAAUGAGGCUGUAUAAUAUUUAAGAUAAGCCAUUCAAACUGUAAAAUAAAGAUCCCCUCAUUGUGAAUGUCAUUGUUUUAUUCACAAAGUGGAUCCUGACAUUGAAGAUAACAAAAAGAAUGGUAAUUAUGAUUAAUGAUUUUAAGAAUUACUAUAAUAAAUUUAAAAGGACAUAUCAGAUGAAUUGUCUAAGAAUAGCAUGAAUUACAUUAAGGUUGACUUUCAUGUAACAUCUAUAUUUGAUCAUUCAUAUUUGGAACAUUUUAGUAAAGUAAUUUAAAGAAUAUUACCAUACUCUUAAUCAAUAUAAACAUUAUUGGAUUCAUUCAAUUUAUCAUGUAAGAUUGAAAAGUCCUUUUUAUUUGAAAUCUACUCAAAAUUAUAUUUGGCUAGUGAUUCCUAACAUUUUCAUAGUACAAAUUUUUAGUUGUGUUCUGAAAUGAUUGAUGUAUUUAUAGAUGUUACAUGUAUAUAUGGAAAGUUAGAUGAUGCUGGACAAAGUUAAAUAAAAUUAUCAGAUGGAUCAAUACUAAUAUAUUAGACAGUUAAUGAGUAAUUUUAUAAGUAUAUAAUUUUAGAGGAAUAUCUUUAAUAAGUAUUAUGAAAUCUGAAAAUCUUGAAAGACCAUUUUUAUUGGAAUAUAAUAUAAAUUAAUUCAGACAAGGUUUAGCAUAAAUAUUUAAAAUUAAAUGA